GGAGGAAAGCAUGCAGGGUGUGAAAGAUAAAAUGGGUUGUGUCCCUUUAACAUUUCACAUAUGCAUUUCUAUGCAGUAAAAGAAAACCCUAUUUAUUUCAUUUUUAUUUUUGCAUCAUUUACUCUGAUUUGAUUCUGGAUUUUUUGGGAAAUUCACAGCAAAAAUGAGUAUUGGUUCACCCCAGACCUCAAUAGACAGGUUGAGCAGCCUGUCUUCAGUUAGCGACGGAGCUUCAGAACGAAAGUCUCCGGGGCACCAGCGCCAGCCCUCUGAAUGUAACGAGUCAACAGGUUUGGUCCAGCGCUGUGUCAUUGUCCAGAGGGACCAGAAUGGAUUUGGAUUCACAGUCAGCGGAGACCGAAUUGUCUUGGUUCAAUCAGUUCGUCCAGGUGGGGCUGCCAUGCGAGCGGGCGUACAGGAAGGCGAUCGCAUUGUGAAGGUGAACGGUACUCUGGUUGCCAACAGCUCUCACAUCGAAGUCGUCAAGCUCAUCAAAUCUGGAACGUACGUCGCGCUCACGCUGCUGGGCUCACCUCCUCCUUCUAUGGGCAUGUCCGGGUUUCAACAAGACUUUGGCUCUUCUGUUUCUCCACGGAAUACACUUACAACGACGGUCCCUCCACCUCCUGCGCCUCCUCUCCCUCCUCCCCAACGCAUAACAGGACCUAAACCACUGCAAGACCCUGAGGUGCAGAAACAUGCCACUCAGAUACUGCGUAAUAUGCUGAGGCAAGAGGAGAGCGAACUACAGAACCUCUGUGAAAAUUAUAACAAAAGCCCGACCUCCGCGGUGCUGGAGCAGAUCGAAGGCGCGAGGAGGAGGGUCUCCCAGCUGCAGCUGAAGAUCAAGCAGGAGACCGGUGGCCCUGGGGAUUUGCUGCGGACGUACAGUGACUGCGGCUCCGUGGGGUAUAGGAAUGUGGAGGGACGCCUGUCUAUGGACUCGCAGGAUGGAGACAGCGGGAUGGAUUCAGGCACUGAACGCUUCCUUUCCAGCAGCGAGUAUUGCCUUAAUCGGAACUCUGUCUUGUCGGACCAAGGAGUGGACAGUUCUCACACUUCGCCUGUCAUCUCUACAAAGAUGUUUCAGCAUCACCGACGGCAUGGUUCAGACACGGCGUUUAUCCCCAGCCUUGAUACACAGGGAACAGACAACACCAGACCUUCUAUCAUAGGACCAGAGGAAGAAUACGACCAUGGAUAUUAUGUAACGGAGUGCGAUGGUCUCUUUCAGGAUUUAGAAAAGUUGAAAUCCCGGCCGGCUCACAUGGGAGUGUUCUUGCGUUACAUUUUCUCCCAAGCAGACCCAAAUCCAUUGCUCUUUUACCUUUGUGCCGAUGUCUGCCAGCAGUUGAGUCCCAGAGACGCCUGUGCUUUGGGCAAAGACGUCUGGAACAUCUUCUUGGAUAAGACGGCACCGCUGAAGGUAAAAAUCCCAGAACAGAUAUUGACCGAAAUAGACUCGCGCUUACGAGGCUCUGAGGAUAUCCGUGGUGUGUUCAGUGAAGCACAAGAUGCCAUGUUACCGGAGAUACAGGAGCAGAUCCAAGAUUACAGGACAAAGCGGACCAUGGGAUUGGGCAGCCUCUAUGGAGAGAAUGACCUUCUCGACAUCGAUGUUGACCCUCAAAGGGAACGGCAAGUCGCGGCCAAGCAGAUUUUUCAGCUGGAAGAGAUUCUGUCAAAGUAUGAAGAAGAGAGAAGUUCUCCCAUGGCGUUCGCGCUGGGUAUAUAUAUGAAUUAUUGCGGGAUCCGUUCUCGGGAGACGCGUCCUGCCAGCACCUCGGAGAAAUCCCAAAGCUUCCCAGAUAAAGACAAGUGGCUUCCGUUCUUCCCCAAGACCAAGAAGAGUAGCACUGCGAAAAAAGACAAAGAUCGUGAAUCAGCCGAGGACAAGAAACGCAACCCCAUUCUGAAAUACAUCGGGAAACCCAAGAGCUCGUCACAGAGUACAUUUCAUGUUCCUUUGUCCCCCGGUGAAGUAAAACCAGGAAACGUCAGGAACAUUAUUCAGCACUUUGAGAACAACCAGACACACGACCUUCAAGAUAUUGGCCUGCAACGAUUGUCUACGGGAAGCUUUCCCGAGGACCUUCUGGAUUCUGACGGCUCCAGGUCAGAGGUGAAGCUCGGGCGGUCGGAAAGCUUGAAGGGGCGCGAGGAGUUAAAGAAAUCCCGCAAGGCGGAUAAUGUUCCGCGUUCACGCAGCGAUGUGGACAUGGACGCAGCAGCUGAGGCCACCAGGUUGCACCAGUCGGCGUCCUCUUCUGCAUCAAGUCUGUCCACCAGGUCGCUAGAUAAUCCAACGCCACCAUACACCCCAAAGCUAUGUCGCAGGAGCGUGGAGUCGCCCAAUUUGGGGUUUACUGGAGAUUCCCUGCUCUCCAACCUGCAAGAGGAUGACCCCGGUCCACUUUCUGAUCUUGAACCUGAACCAGAUGCACAAAAUUGGCAGCAUACCGUAGGUCGGGACGUGGCCCUCAACCUAACUCCGAGGGAGAGAGCCAGACAGGAGGUGAUACAUGAACUGUUUGUGACUGAGGCGUCCCAUCUCCGUGUCCUCCGAGUGCUGGAUCUCAUUUUCUACCAGAGGAUGCGAAAAGAAAACCUACUGUCCCAAGACGAGCUGUGGCUAGUCUUCCCCAACCUUCCCGAGCUCAUCGAGAUCCACAACUCCCUUGCAGAAUCCAUGAAGCGCGUGAGAGAGGACGGGCCGGUUGUCAAAGAGAUCGGUGACCUCAUGCUCUCCCGCUUCGACGGCGCCAUGGGAGAGGAAGUUCGUCAAGAAACCGCCAAGUUUUGUUCGUACCAAACAAUUGCACUGGAACUGAUCAAAAGCAAAAAGAGGAAAGAGACGCGGUUUAAUCUCUUUAUGCAGGAAGCGGAGAGCAGCCCUCAGUGCAGGCGACUUCAGUUAAAAGACCUGAUCGUUUCAGAGAUGCAACGUCUUACCAAAUACCCUCUGCUUCUGGAGAACAUCAUCAAACAUACAGAAGCCGGCACACAAGAACACCUAAAGCUUUGCCGCUGCCGGGAUCGGUGCCGCGAUAUCCUGAAGUACGUAAACGAGUCCGUCAAACAGGCAGAGAACACGCAUCGGCUGGCAGAAUACCAAAAACGUCUGGACACUACAUCGCUAGAGAGGACACACAACCCUCUGGCUGCAGAGUUCAAGAACCUAGACCUGACAACAAGGCGCAUGAUACACGAAGGGUCUCUAACCUGGAAGAUAACGAAGGAUAAGACUAUAGACUUACAUGUCCUACUCCUCGAAGACCUACUGGUCCUCCUCCAGAAACAGGAUGAGAAAUUAGUGCUGAAAUGUCACAGCAAAACCCCCAUGGUGUCCACAGACACCAAGCAGACCUUCAGCCCGGUCAUCAAACUCAACUCUGUGCUGGUCCGAUCGGUAGCAACAGAUAAGAAAGCCCUCUUUAUUAUCUGCACGUCAGAACUUGGACCUCAGAUCUAUGAGUUGGUGGCUUUCACGUCCUCGGAAAAAAAUACAUGGAAGGAACUCCUGGAAGAAGCCACGAAAAGUAACAUGAGGAAUACCUCUGGUCUGACAAAACGCACUCAGGAACUAUCUGGCUCCAGGCCUCCCUCUGCCAGUGUGGUUUUACAGGAUGCCGGCAUCCCAACUAUACUAUCUGCAGAUGACGAACAAAGGGCCAACAGGGAGGACCUUACAUCAGUAGACGAGAGCCAGAAUGGCUUAAUGGCCGACUCUAAACCCAAUAUGUUGCUGGAAGAGCCAGAAACAGAAGAAGCGGAGGAAGAGGAAUCCCCGACGCCUACGCAGGUGCCUCUGUCUUCCAAGGUGGAGGAUGCAGGAGGUGGGUCUGAAGGUUCAUCUUCAACCUACCCUUCCUACAAGUGGCCUCCUGUGACAGAGGGGCUGGCGGAUUCUGCACUUGAAGAUGUGGAGAACCUUCGACAACUAAUCCUGCGCAGCCUGCUUCCCUUGAGACAUUCAGAGUAUGAAUCUCACACUGCCCCAGUUGCUGAGCCAGAAGAAGACCUUACACCCACUCCUUCAGUUACCGGGGCAUCUGGGCACCCCUGGGAAACCACAACAGACACAGUAUUAGAGACUCUAGAUGGAGAGGACCCAGCAGAUGGCAGGGGAGACCUGAAAACGCAAUCCUACAUCAGUUCUGAAGGUAGCACUUCUUUGAUAGACCAUAGAGACCUGACAUCCUCUAGAGAUGGAGAGGAGACUCCUUGGAACCUGGUAGAGAGACAUCCGAGUGGGAAUUCUGUCCUCCAAAACCAGCCUGAGCCGCUAGAAGCUCCUACUGAGGAUUCUCACGACAAAGGAUACAAAGUUAUCCGGAAAGCUGAGGUGGUGGGAAAUAAUGAUGUCAUACCGUUGCCAGACAGCAGCCAAUCAGAGAGAGUGUUGCAGGAAGCUGGCGGUGGAACUAAUUUAGAUGGAAAUAUGUUUUAUGUGGUCAUGCCAUCUGUUCCUGCACUGUCCCCUCCCGAAGAAGAACACAAAGAAGAAUGUGAUCUAAGUGGCUACUCCGAGCGGCCAGAAAGCCCUUGUUUGUCUAAAUUUCGGGAUAAAACCAACCCGCAGUCAGAAGGUCCAAGCCCCUCAGCUAGGAGUACUGAAAGUGAACCCCCUUCUUCAGAUGUACUUCCACCCAAUUUGAUUAUUCAGGAUGUAGAUAUGAUCUUCCGGACGAUCGAGCAGCUAACGGCCAAGCUUCAUAAGUUAAAGGAAGUGGAGUCGGCGCAUCAAGAGCUUUUAAGGUCCUUGGGACAAAGGGCGGCUGAAGAAACAAACAAUAGCUAUGAGACCCCAACGGAGGAGGAGAAGCACUCGCGCUCGCACCACGAACCCAGCGUUACUAGCAACUCUCUCUUCUUCGUAAGAAACAGCAUUUCUGUGUCCCUCCGCCGUGACGGCCUGUCAGAAUCACAAGCCAACGCUAUCGAUUACAACAUGGGAUUUUAACGACGUGCCCCCGCAGCCAAGAAA